AUGAGUGACCCGGAUCUGAAGAGCCUCCUGGAGAAGCUGACCGAGGUCUGCCUCCAGAACCAGGACCUCCAGAAGGAGCAGCAAGCCCAGCAGAAGGCGCUUCAGGACCUCGUGAAGACCGUCACGGCCAAGCCUAUCAUCGCGCCACCGAAGCUCAACGCCAACACCAACGACAACAAGGAGUUCCUACUCGAGUCGUUGGCCAACACGAUGGUCGAGUUUCAUUACGAUCCGGACAGCGAUGACGGCCUGUUCGACGUCUGGUACUCGCGGUACGCGGACACUUUCUCCCAGGAUGCUUGCAAGCUCGAUGAUGCCAGCAAGGUGAGACUGUUACUGCGGAAGCUGGACACUCGGGCGCACAGCAGAUACGCCAACUUCAUCCUGCCGAAAAAGCCGAAGGAUAACGACUUCGAGGAGUCCGUGACGAAGCUGAAGGAGAUUUUUUCCCGCCGAACAUCCCUGUUCAACAAGCGCUGCAAGUGCCUGCAGUUCAUCAAGCCGGAGUCGGACGACUUCAUCGCCUACGCUGGCGCGGUGAAUCGACUUUGCGAGGAUUUCAAGCUGAGCAGCCUGAAGGAGAACGAGUUCAAGGCGCUGAUCUUCGUUUGCGGACUACGCUCGCACCGGGACUCCGAAAUUCGCACCAGACUGCUGUCCAAACUCGAGACGGAUGCUGCUACACUUACGGUCGACACCCUCGCAACCGAAUGUCAGCGGCUCCUCAACCUGAAGCAGGACACAGCACUGAUCGAGAACGCCACACACUCCUCCACUUCUGUUGUCAACUCUCUUUCUGACAAGUAUCGUGGCAAGUCAAACCAGAAACGGCAAGACAAACCACAACAAAAACAGAAGUCGGACGCAAGGAAGACGCCAAAAUCCCCUUGCUGGCUAUACGGCUACUGCGCGUUCGCGAGGCCGUCCGGGAAACCGCAGCGUUCCAGCGUGAAGGAGGUCUCGAGCGACCAGACCAGCGCCCGUCGCAGAAGGAAGUUUGUCAGCAUCCUGAUCAACGGUAAGCCGAUCAAGCUCCAAAUCGACACGGCCUCGGACAUCACGGUGAUCAGCCGCGAUAAUUGGUUGGCUCUUGGAUCUCCCGCAACUCGCCCGACAAGUCACGAGGCUACUAGCGCGUCUGGAGGCCACGUCAAGCUGGAGGCAGAGUUCGAGUGCAGCGUGACGCUGCAGGAUUCCUGCCGCUCAACCGUCUGCUACGUUGCACCCAACAGCAACCUAAACCUGCUCGGGUUGGACCUGAUCGACGCUUUCGACUUGUGGUCCGUCCCGCUAUCUUCUGUGUGCAACCGGGUGACUGUCGCGGACGGCGUUCUGGACCGAGUUCACCAGCUGCAGCGAAAGUUUCCGGAGGUCUUUCUGGACACUCUGGGCCUCUGCACGAAAACGAAGGUGAAGCUGUUUCUGAAGCCGAAUCAACAGCCCGUGUACGUGCCGCGCCGGCCAGUUGCGCAGACCGCCUACGAACCGCUGCAGGACGAGCUGAAGCGUUUGGAGAACCUGGGGAUCAUCUCGUUCGUCGAGCACUCCGACUGGGCCGCGCCGAUUGUGGCUGUACGGAAGGCGAACGGCAGCAUCCGGAUCUGUGGAGAUUACUCCACCGGGCUCAACAACGCGCUCCAGCCGAACGAUUACCCGCUGCCAGUGCCGGACGACAUCUUCGCAUCCCUUGCUGGAAUGCGCCAUUUCAGCAUAAUUGAUCUCUCCAACGCCUACUUACAGAUCGAAAUGGACGAGGAUUCGAAGAACCUCCUCACGGUCAACACGCACCGGGGGCUCUUCAAGUUCAACCGUUUGGCACCGGGCGUGCGUCCAGCCACGGGCGCUUUCCAGAAGAUCAUGGACUCCAUGACCGCUGGCCUGACCGGAGUUCGCGUCUAUUUGGACGACAUUCUGGUUGGCGGGGCCACUGAGGAAGAGCAUCUACACAACCUGCACGCGGUGCUCGAGCGCAUCCGCGACUACGGUUUCCACCUCCAGCUCUCCAAGUGUCGUUUCUUCUAUUUGUUAAGCUUAAGUCUAGUUUAUUCUUGCGACUUUGUGGCCGCUCGUUUGGUUCGCGCCCCCGGCUCUGACAGCUGCACGUGA